AAUCUAUGCAUAGACUUGGUGGCAUUUACGAGUGAAAUAUUCAAGGGAGCAGUUUUCCAGUCACUGGAUGGAAUUAUUGUCUCAGCUAACUGUAAGCUGCGGAAGAUCUUCACUUUAAAAUGCAAGCCUCAAGACACUGCUGAUAAAGAUGCUGGAUAUGGUGUUCCCUUUCCAACAGCUGAACCUACAGACAUUAUUCCACGAAGCUGCCAACUAACGACAGAUGUUCCACAAGUCACACAGCUGCUAAACAUGACUAAACUCCGCCAAACUGAAAUAAAAUUUGGAGGUCAUCCUCUAAGUUCAGCAGAUUCAGAUCAGUUCAUUAACAGGGGAACAGGUAGUGUGCGGAACAGUAAAAAUCAAGAUGUUUGUCAUAUCGCUUUCGGAUCCAGAGUUCUGGGACCACCUCCACUCUCUGGCAGAAGGAAUAACAUGAGGAUAUCCAGUGAGACAGUAAGAUCCGUUGGGUCCAGAAAUAACCGAUCACGCCAACAGUCUGUGGCUGAGGACUGUGUUAGCAGUGCAGAGAUGUCAGCCUCGCUGAUGCCGGAGUCUGAGGAGCAAGCAGAUAAAGAAAAUAUUCGCCAAAUAAAGCAGACUAUACCUGUUCGUGCCAAUCUGCAAGUUAUGCAUCCACAUCCCCCUCAAGAACCAUCAGCAGAUAAGAAUAAUAGCAGGAGAAGAUUAUGGUUAAAAAGCACCAGCAGAGAAAGGACAGAGGCACACAGCGGCAGUUCUUCAGGAAAUAACAGGAAUGAAGAUAAAGCAAGAGUUGCCCUCAACAGUGGGUCCCAACAAAGCACAGAGAUGAACCCCAGCUCUCCAGCACUGCAGUCUCCUGAUCAAGCAGAUGAGUGGAUAUUUCCUGAAAAUGUUGAUCGCAUUUCCCAUUUGGCAUCCAGCAGACAGUCUCUCCUUCUGGAUGAUGAUUCCUGCCACGCUUCACAUCUGUGGCUGGAAGCCAGCAAGGAGAGUGAACAUGGCAAACUGGCAGAGGAAACCCAGGUUGUUCCAAAGGACAUUUUCACUUUUUCAUCAAGACCACGAUCAGCACCUCAUGGAAAAACUCAGAACAUGUCCCCAGAGGGGUGCCCAUUUAUUUUGGAUCUAAAAGAGGAUGCCAGUGUGACAAGGAGAGACACCGAAUCAGAGGAUGAUUUUUACGGCAGUGACAGCAGCGAAGAGGGUAACGACAGUAUCCAGGGUCCCCCGAGCCCAACAACUAGUCCUUCAGGGUUAACUCAGCUAACAUUAGAGAACACGUUGGGGAAGGCUGCAAGGCGGACAGAUAAAGGACCUCUAAAAAGUGCCUACGCAGAAGCAGGAGCAUCAGAAAGCCAGAAUUCCUUGGCAAAGCAGAUAGAUAGAAAAGACUUUCAAAUGACUGUGGUGCCUACACCAUGCCUUUCUCCCCCGGGAAGAAGUGAAGCCUCUCAGAAAACUCCAGAUCCCGUUUUCAAAGCAAAAGACCAACCAGCCCAUCAAGUACCAGCUUCAAUAAACAAAACCUCCCUAAAGGAGAUCUCGGCGGAAAAGUUGAGACCGAUUCCUGAAGUGUCUGAAUAUGAUUGGAGAAACUAUCAGCCCAGCCAGAUGAGUGAAUCCGAGUUGCAAAUGCUGGCAAGCCUGCAGCGGCAACAGAAUGAAGAACUGGAGGACCCGGGGGCUCCCCACGGCCUGAGCGCAUCCCAGGUUGACAACUGUAACGUCAGCAUUAGUACCAGCAGCGACGACACGACUACCUGGAACUCCUGCCUGCCACCACCUGUCAACCAGGGUCGUCACUAUCAGAAAGAAAUGAAUCCACCUUCUCCUUCUAACCCCCGGGACUGGUUAAAUAUGUUGAGCCCACCGAUUGUUCCUCCCAGUCAACAGCCAACAGACCAGCAUCUGGAUUCUUCUGGAAGCUUGAGUGCUCAAGGUGAAGAAGACCCGAGUGUGGAAGAGGGCGAGGAGGUGCUGACUCUGCUGUAUGACCCGUGUCUGAACUGCUACUUUGAUCCCCAGACGGGGAAAUACUACGAGCUGGUGUGAGGUCUCCCUCCGGCGCCUAGAAUGGCCGCACCCAGGGGGAGCAGGCGAGCCGAGCUGACCGUGGCAUUGGCCCCACAGUGCGUGUAUCAGGCAGGCCCGCAGUAUCCAGAGUAACCGAGAGAAAUGGAGUUAUUUUGUAAAUAACGUUUGAUGUUAAGGAUACCUACUUUCUCUUUGUAGAUGCAUGUGAUUUUUUUGGCAGUGAAGGAAUUAAUACAGGGACAAGAUUUUAGGACUUUGAAUUGGUUUCUUCUUGUAGUUCUCAUCCUACAUAUCAUUUU